UUCUGGGCAUACAUACUUUUUCACAUUUGUCUUUCGAAUCCAGACAAGAUCUGAAUUUUUAUUUCAGUUUCUUCUGUGAGGAAGAAGAAUAAGGGAGGAGAAUCAUGUUUUUGUUCGAUUGGUUCUACGGUAUCUUGGCGUCGUUAGGGCUAUGGCAGAAAGAAGCGAAGAUCUUGUUUCUCGGACUCGACAAUGCUGGGAAGACCACGCUACUUCACAUGCUCAAAGACGAGAGAUUGGUUCAGCACCAGCCGACACAACAUCCAACGUCCGAGGAACUUAGCAUUGGCAAAAUCAAGUUCAAGGCUUUUGAUUUGGGUGGCCAUCAGAUUGCUCGUAGAGUUUGGAAAGAUUACUACGCCAAGGUUGAUGCAGUUGUCUACCUAGUGGAUGCUUACGACAAGGAGAGAUUUUCAGAGUCAAAGAAAGAGCUAGACGCUCUUCUCUCGGAUGAAGCCCUUGCAACUGUCCCGUUUCUGAUUCUCGGAAACAAGAUUGAUAUCCCUUACGCAGCCUCGGAGGACGAGCUUAGGUAUCACUUGGGUCUCACCAACUUCACCACCGGUAAGGGCAAAGUGACGACAGCUGGAGGAGAUUCUGGUGUUCGCCCACUCGAGGUCUUCAUGUGCAGCAUCGUCCGGAAAAUGGGAUAUGGCGAGGGAUUCAAGUGGCUCUCUCAGUACAUCAACUGAAGACAUCAUUAUCAUCAUGUCUGUCUUUUUUUUUUCUUAAUAUAAACCAAACUUAUGAACAUGUCUGAACAAAUUUGUCUUUUUCCGAGCUAAAAGCAUUUUUAUGAAUUGAGGGUGUCACACAUCCUUUGGUGGCUUGCUUCCUUGUUCAUGUCCCAGUCGACAUCUGUGUCAACUGCUUGUCUUUUAUUCAACAGUAUAUCUUUUUGCAU